AUGGGUCUUCGAACCCAUCUACAGGCUCGAAGCAAGGCAGAGGAGGCCGUAGCCGAGGUGGACGGUCAAGAGGGCGAGGAGGAGGAGGAGGAGGUGGUCCGAAUCGCGCUCGCGGCCGUAGCGAGGCCCAAAGUUGCUAUCCAAGAAGACAACGUACCGGAGGACGCCGAACUUUGCUUCAUCUGUGCGAACGUCGUCUCGCAUCAUUCCAUUGCGCCAUGUAAUCAUACAACCUGCCACAUCUGUGGCUUGAGGAUGAGAGCGCUGUACAAGGACAAGAACUGCGCCCACUGUCGAACACCAGCGCCAUUCGUCAUCUUCGCCCAAGACGCCACGAAACGUUUCGAAGAGUUUACCGAUUCAGAUAUGAGCACAGUCGACGAGAACAUUGGUAUCAAGUACGCCAACGAAGACAUUGUCGGCGACACCGUUCUCCUGCUUCGAUACAACUGCCCCGAACCCGACUGCGACUUUGCAGGGCUAGGAUGGCCAGAUCUACAUCGCCAUGUGCGCUCCGCACACCGGAAGCGCAUGUGCGACUUGUGCACUAGGAACAAGCGUGUCUUCACCCACGAGCAUGAACUCUUCGCAGACAAAGAGUUGGAGAAGCACAUGCGCCGCGGCGACGAUAAGCCUGGCUCUGCUGACCAGACCGGCUUCAAAGGCCAUCCAUUGUGCGGAUUCUGCGGAGAACGGUUCUACGAUGACGAUAAAUUAUAUGAGCACUGCCGGAUGAAGCAUGAACGCUGCUUUCUCUGCGAUAGGCGGGAUGCACGACACCCUCACUACUACCAGGACUACAGCGCGUUGGAAUCGCAUUUCAAAAAGGAUCAUUACCUCUGUGCGGACCGCGAGUGCCAAGAGAAAAAGUUUGUUGUGUUUGAUACCGAAAUGGACCUUCAAGCGCAUCAACUUGAGGAGCAUGGAGGAAAAGCCAGUGGGCGCGAGGCACGGACGGUUGAUAUCUCUGGAUUUGACAUUCGGAGCUCUUUCCAGCCCGAAAGGCGAGGCGGACGCGAAGGUGGGAGGGAACGAGGACGUGGUCGUGAGGGUAGAGGCAGAGGUAGGGACCAGAAUGCCGACGUUGCGCCAGCCACAACGCCCCAGGCUCUCAGAAGAGACGAGAUUGCCUUCCAGAGGCAGAUGGCUAUUCACUCAGCCCAGUCCGUCUCGAACCGUACUUUUGGUGGACAACUAUCAGCAGGAGGCCCUGCGUCGUCGACCACUCCAUCGGGGUCUAGGGGCAACAGUCAGUCGACCACGCCUCGACCGCAGGCUACCAACAUCGAUCCCAUGGACACCCAUACGCCCAUUGACCCAGCAAACAUGACGUCCGCGGACCGAGCUCGUCUUGUUCGCCAUGGCGCUGUCAUUGAACGUGCCGCGAACCUUUUAGGCAAUGACGCACAAAAGAUGACCACGUUUCGCGACUCGGUCUCGUCCUACCGAAAGAACAAGCUCACAGCCCCUCAGCUGGUCGACGCGUUCUUCGGGCUGUUUGCCGACACAGCGUCAAGUGCGCUCGGUACUCUUGUCAAGGAGGUCGCGGACCUCUUUGAGGACUCGGGCAAGUCUAGUGCCCUCAAGGCAGCCUGGCAGGACUGGAGGGCCAUCAACGAGGACUACCCAAGCCUGCCCGGGCUAACUCAAAAACAGCACGCGCCUCGGCGGUCCUUCACCAGUGCCGGGCGUCUCCCCACCAGGAUGGACUCCUCGCCACAGCUCCUCAAAAACGGCUGCUUCGUCGUCGUCGUCGUCGUCGGCAUUCCCCUCCCUCCCAUCAGCUGGGCCGUCCAGAGCGAGUGCCUCCACUUCAUGGACCACAGCAGGCAGUGCAUCAUCUCAGCCAGCAGCACGAGCAGCCCCUACAUCCACGACCUUGCCGCGUCGACCAGCGACCCGAGCUGCCAAUGGCGGGGACAACUUCCCGGCGUUGCCAGCCGCGCCGAAGCCGACGACGAGUAUCUGGGGGUACGGCACUGGACGAGGCAUACGACGCGACACACCGGGAGAAACAGGGUUCUCGUGGUCCGGUGGGAGUGGCUCAGCGUCACCGGCCACUGA